UCAAUUAGUCCUCCUCGUCGCGUCUCUGCAUUGGCCUCGCUCUCCAUCCAUCCCUCGGCUCCUCGCCUUCCAAUCAAUUCCGUCCCAAACUCCAAUCCGCGGCGACCUCAACAAAAAGCUGCCUCCUUCACCAGAAAGGGAAACAAAACUCGCGGAUUGCUCCACCCGAUCGCCGGCGAUUCCGGAGUCCCCAUGGCGGGAGGAGCCGAGCUGCCCCGCCCGCCGAUCGACGACCCACCGCCGCCCGGUGGCGGCGACGUGUCCGGCGAGGGCGAAUCGCCGAUCAAGUGGGACGACGACGGCGACGGCGUGGAAGGCUUGGCGGGACUCCACAUGUUUGACCAAGAGACAGACGAGCCUCCCGCCAAAAAUGGCAUGGCCAGCAACCCUAAUACCAACUAUACUGCCACUGCUGAUGGAUGCAGCACUGAUACGACCGAAACUUUCAUGGAUAAAGAACCAGGGAAGUACUUCUAUUAUGGUGACCCGCUUCAUGAGCAUACUGGCAUCUGGGUGCCUGUUUCAGUCCCACCAAUGACAGCGCACGACCGAGAGGAGUGGCACAGGGGGUUUGGUCGCAAUGGUUUGUACUUCCCUGAAGAAGAGUUCAAUUGGGAGCUAGAUGAAGAAAAUAAGGAGAUGACAAUGUGGGAUGUGUUUUCAGAGAUGGUUGUCACGGUAAAAGAUAAGGUGAUAUCUGUUGCGUCAUGUGAUUUUGGGAGAUGUGGGAUGUCUGUGGUGUCCAACUUCUUUCUCCAAGAAGCAUGGAAAGAUAUGGCGCAAACACUUGCAGACGCCAAUGCUGGUAUUGCAGAUGAGCUACUUGAGACAGAACCAACAAAGUGGUUGCCUGACAGUGCUGCUACUGCCUGCAUGCUCUGUGGUGUGCGUUUUCAUCCGAUAAUGUGCUCUCGCCAUCAUUGUCGUUUCUGUGGUGGAGUAUUUUGUAAUGGUUGUUCAAAGGGUAGAAGCUUGAUGCCUCCGAAAUUUAGGACGUCGGAACCACAAAGGGUUUGUGAUGUUUGCGGUGUGCGUCUAGAGAGUAUUCAACCUCACUUGAUGAAUCAGAUCAGUCGUGCGUCACAACUUCCAACUCGGGAUGUGACAGACCUGAGUACCUUGAGGUCAUGGCUGAACUUCCCUUGGGCGCACACAAUGGAAUACGAGAUAUACAAGGCUGCAAACUCUUUACAUAGUUACUGUAAGGUGGGAAGUCUGAAACCAGAGAAGGCUAUCCCUGAUGCUAUUCUUAGACAAGCAAAAGGCCUUGCUAUAGUUACUGUAGUGAAGGUCGGAAUGAUGGUUACAUACAAACUUGGUACUGGGCUGGUUGUUGCUCUAAGAGCUGAUGGCUCCUGGUCACCUCCUUCAGCAAUCUCCACCUGUGGUAUUGGAUAUGGAGCUCAGGCUGGAGGUGAGUUAGCUGACUUCAUCAUUGUGCUGAGGAACACUGAUGCCAUCAGAAUGUUCAGUGGAAAGGCGCAUCUGUCUGUUGGUGCUGGUGUUAGUGCUUCUGCUGGCCAUGUCGGACGAGUAGCUGAGGUUGAUUUCCGUGCUGGUGAUGGUGGUUAUGCUGCAUGUUACACAUACAGUUGCAGCAAAGGUGCUUUUGUGGGCUGUGCGUUCAAUGGCAGCAUAGUAUCAACUCGAGAUACUGAGAAUGCCCGAUUUUACGGCGGUCCCGUCAAGGCAUCCGAUAUCCUUCUGGGAUCAAUGGCCAGGCCACCUGCAGCCUCCCCUCUGUACAAAACUCUAUCAGAAUUGUUUGACAAGUUUAGGAAGUAAAGCUCUCCUGCUUUAGCUCUCUGGCAUGUGUUGACUCUCCUUGUAAAUACAUUAUGAAUUUCAGCUUUGCGCUAUUCACAUAUUCGUUGGCAGCAAUUAAGUAACUGUAGAGUACGCCAUUCUUCUAUACAUCAAAGGCUUCUCCAUUAGUGGGCACCACAAAACCACUCUGUAAAUACUUGUACGUUGGAUUGACAAUUGCAUCAAGAUAUGAUAGAAGAUGAUGUUUAUUCUC